AUGUCUCUAGCCGACUACUUGGCAAAGAAUUACCUUACGGCAGACUCGGAGAAGAAGUCAAAGAAGCGCAAGCGGAAGAACAAAGACGCCGGCCUCAUCAUUGACGACGACGACGACCUGGGCUGGAAAGACAAGGCGGAUGAGGACAAUGAAGAUGCGCCCAUGAUAGUGGGUGGAGGACAAGUGAAGAAGUUUAAGAAAAAAUCCAAAUCCACCAACGCCGCAAUCUGGACAGCUGUAGGCGUCGCUGCGCCUUCCCACGCCGAACAACUGGCCGCCGACGCAGCUGUUGCCGAUGCAAUCAUUGCAGGAACCGCUGCAGAACGCGAAAAGGCUGCUCAAGCAGAGGACGAGGCGCCAGAAAUGGUAGAGGCUGAUGGCGUGCACAGAAUGGAGUCUGGCGCAAAAGCUGGUCUUCAAACGGCUGCAGAGAUUACAGCGGCCAUGGAGAAGAAGCAGAAUGAGGAGAAGCGCAAGGCGGAAGAGGUUGCCAGGGAGAUGGGAAGUGCGGCGCAACAGACAAUCUAUCGAGAUGCUAGUGGUCGCAUCAUCAAUGUAGCGAUGAAGCGUGCCGAGGCCAGGAAAAAGGCUGAAGAGGAGGAGCGCAAGAAAGCCGAAAAAGAAAAGGCUGCUCGCGGCGACGUGCAAAUUGCCGAAGCUGCCAAGAGGAAGCAGAAGUUAGAGGACGCAAAGAUGAUGACCAUUGCUCGGUAUGCAGAUGAUGCAGAGCUCAACGAUGAACUCAAGGAAAGAGGUCAUUGGAACGAUCCUGCUUCAGGCUUCCUGCGCAAGAAGAAGGCCGGGCGCAGUAUUACUGGCAAACCGCUCUAUCAAGGACCCUACCAACCCAAUCGAUAUGGCAUUCGUCCAGGGCAUCGAUGGGAUGGAGUAGACAGGGGCAACGGCUUUGAAAGGCAGUGGUUCGACUCGAGGAAUCGUAAGGCGAACAAUGAAAAGUUGGAGUAUCAGUGGCAGCAGGAUGAGUAG